GGUGAUGUUCUAUGUGGGGAGCGGGUGAAACAAGGCACCAUUUUGUUUGGUUUUGGACAUUGUUGGGUGAUUGAUGAUGCUAUCAAAGGAUAGCAUAAUAAAGAGUAUUAAAAUAUUCUUUCAGUGCAUGACAUAAUAUAUAAAAGAAAAAUAAUAUUUGUAUUGUUUUGUGUAUAGUUUUCUUUUUUAAUUUCGUCAACGAUAUUUAAAAAGAUUUCUAUAUAUUUCCAGAGUCACGAGAAUAAGAAGAGUGAAUCUAUUUUUGCAUAUGGGAGAUACAGAGAGUCGCGGUAGCAGGGUGUGCAAUUCUUGGUGGAAUCAGAGUGGACGAAAGCAGAAGCAGAAGGAUGAAGUUUACGGCGAGGUUCUUAGUAGACUUAAAGGAUUGAAUGUCAAAGAGGCUUCAGUUCCUGGUUUUGAUGAUGAGCUUUGGGCUCACUUCUACUACCUUCCAACUAGAUAUGCGUUGGAUAUGAACGUGGAGAGGGCACAAGAUGUGCUUAUGCACAAAAGGUUGCUUCACAUGGCACGAUUCCCUACUAUUGCAACUGGACCUGCAAUUGAAGUUCGUCUUGUUCAGGUUCGUGCUUCUUCUGCUGUACGCAGUCCUCAAUAUUUUGAUACUUCAGCCACAAUGAUGAGCUUCCAUCCACCCCCAGCCUUUGCUUCAUCAGCUAAUCUUGAACUUGAUCUAUGCAAAAGUCAGUUACAAGCUGAAGAUAAGAGUAACAAUUUCAAUUUUUACGCACACUAUGCCCGUAAUUCAUGCAGGCCAGUGCAUGAAAUCACAAUUUCAACAAAUGACAAGCCAAAACUCCUCAGUCAGUUAACUUCUUUAAUCUCUGAGACUGGGCUUGACAUUCAAGAAGCACAUGCUUUUUCGACGUUGGAUGGAUACUCUCUGGAUGUUUUUGUUGUUGGUGGUUGGGCAGUUGAGGAGACAGAGAAAUUAAAACAUGUACUAGCAAAGAAAAUGCAAAAACUCGAGAAGCAACCUCAGUUGAAAGAAAAUGGCACUAUUAAUACAGCAGAGCAAGGGAAUACUGGGUUCAAAUUUAUAUCUAGUCAUGUAAAUUUUGCUAAUAAUGGAAAUGAUGUCUGGGAUGAAAGAUGUUUGAGAUGUGAAAAGAAAAUUGCAUCUGGAUCUUUCAGUGAUCUGUAUAAGGGUAUUUUCUGUAACCAAGAUGUGGCUAUCAAAGUUCUCAAGGACGAUAAUUUGAAUGAAAAUAUACAGAGGGAGUUUUAUCAAGAAGUCUAUAUCCUAAGUAAAAUUCAACAUAAAAAUGUCGUGAGAUUUUUUGGUGCCUGUACAAAACCCCCUAACCAUUACCUUGUCACAGAAUAUAUGUCUGGUGGAAGUAUGUAUGACUUUCUUCAUAUAAAGAAGGCUGCGCUUUCUCUCCCAUGGUUGCUUAAGGUUGCCAUUGAGGUUUCAGAAGGAAUGAAAUAUUUGCACCAGAAUGAUAUCAUACAUCGAGACCUCAAAACAGCUAAUCUCUUGAUGGAUAAUAAAGGGGUAGUUAAGGUUGCUGAUUUUGGGGUGGCUAGAGUGAACAAUCAAUCCGGGGUGAUGACUGCAGAAACUGGAACUUAUCGGUGGAUGGCUCCGGAGGUGAUUGAGCAUAAACCAUAUGAUCACAAAGCUGAUGUUUAUAGUUUCGGCAUUGUCCUUUGGGAGCUUCUCACAGGAAAGCUUCCUUAUGAGCAUUUGUCCCCAUUGCAUGCGGCAGUUGGAGUGGCCCAAAAGGGUUUGAGGCCGGAAAUUCCAAGGCACACGCAUCCAAUGUUGGUGGAAUUAAUUCACCGGUGCUGGCACCAAGAUCCAUCUUCAAGACCGAAUUUCACAGAAAUUCUGGAAUUUCUGUUGCACAUAACCAUGAAGGUUGCUGGGAAAGGUGAGGUAAAGGGAAUGUAUGAAACGUUUUCAGGCUGAGAAGACAUAUGUAAACAAUGAUAUUUAAUUUCUCAAUCUAGGUCGUUCGUUCAUCAUGCUUUGGAACCCUUUGACCUCUAACUGCAGAUGUGAAUAAUAAACACAUGCAAUAAUGCAAAGUGAUGUUUGAUACCAACAUUCUUAGAAAGUGUAUCUAGCUAAUCUCAUGAGUAUUUUUACUCGAUCCAUUUUAUC